AUGGACCAGCUGAGAGCUCAGCUGGAUACGGCUCAAGGACCUCGUCAAGCGAUCUGUGUUGGAAACGGACGAGGGAAGGUAGUAUCUGAAUGUAACAUUCCAUCCAGCCUGCUAAUGUUUGUGGCGCUAUGCACUCACAAUAAUGUAAUACAACGUCUCUGUAUGCUGCGUAAAAACAUUCUGGAAUAUUUUGAAGAUAUCAUCUAUUUUACUCUGCAAAUUCAAAUUCAAAUUUAUACAGUCCUUGAUGGUGUUGAAAGAAAAUAG